AUGAGUGAGGAUGCCGCCAAAGCGUUUGAGGACGGAGUUCUGCACGUCUUGAAAGGAUGGACGAUUCUGUCGUUGGCGGUGGAACAUGGUUGGGGUGGUCGUGCUUCGGCGCAGAAGCGAGAUGACUUAUACAAGGACAUUUUGGCAGCUUUUUAUGAGCGGCGCCAGAACAUUAUUCAGAGUCAGGAGCGGCUGGCCGACUUUCUGGCGCACCAGAUGGAGGUGAACUUCCACGUGGACUGCGGAGAUGAUCUCGAUGAAUACGACGAGGUUGCAGGCAUUUUCCUGAAACUUGCGACAACGCUCAAGGCGAACGACUUCUCCUUCUACAACACCGUCAAGGGCCAUCGCACCGACGGAGCAGAACGCAGCCUCACUGUCAAUCCUAGCGCUAACUCCGAGUGGGGCUUGGAUGCAGGUCAGUGUCUCUACGCACCCGCCUCACAACCGGGACAAAAAGACGACAGCAGCGACAGUGACAGCGACAGUGAAUAUGCAGACGAAGAAGAACUAAUCAGACAAGCCAUGCUCCAGGGCGGCAUCAACAUGCUCUAG